GGAAACUGGUGGAAGGACUAUAAAGAAGCACUAAGUCACCUCAGUCAGGAGGAGCUCCAUAAGGAGUUCCCGGAGAAAAUUCGACCCCAGGGAUUCCAGCAUUCUCCAUUCCAGUGUCCAGACAUGAGCCCUUCCCCAACUGUACCUACUUCAGGAGAUAUUUUACGCUAGCUUCAGCUCCUGCCUUUCAAUGUGGAAAAGGUCAAAGCAGCAGACAUUAAAGUUAUUGGAGCACUGGGCGACUCCCUGACUACUGCCAUCGGUGCCAAUGCUUCUAACAUUCUGGGAAUACCAUUUGAGUAUCGCCACCUAUCGUGGAGUAUUGGAGGCCACGGAUCAUACAGUGAUGUUAUCACUCUUGCAAACAUCGUGAAGCUUUUUAACCCAGAUGUGCUGGGUCCGGCUCCCAUGAUGACCAUGAACGAUGUUCCUGCUGAUGUUAACAAAACCGGCUUCAAUCUGGCCGUGACUGGUCACAACACAGUGAAUUUCUCCGAGCAGACCAGACACAUGAUCGACACCUUCAAAACCUAUCCAGGUUUAAACUUUGAAGAAGACUGGAAGCUGGUGACCAUCCUAAUUGGGAUGAAUGAUAUCUGUGAUUACUGCAAGGACAGAAAACUGUUCACACCUGAAAACUUCAUUAAGUACCUCACCGGGUCCCUAGACUUGAUGAUGAAGGAGGUUCCUCGACUGAUAGUGAACGUGGUGCAGAUCUUUACCAUGAAGCCUCUCAGAGACGUUUCCAAACCCUCCCUCGGCUGCCAGCUUCAAAAGAGUUUCUGUUCAUGUUUGGUCUUGCCUAAAGAGAACUCUACAGAAUUGGCAGAGCUGGCUGAAUUAAAUCUGGAAUUUCAGAGGAGACUGGAGGAACUUCUGAACAGUGAUCGCUUCUUCAAGGAGGAUUUUGCCGUGGUUCUGCAGCCGUACGCAACCAAGGCUAAGCCUUCCAGACUACCUGACAGCUCCAUUGAUUUUAGUUACUUUGCUCCGGAUUGUUUUCAUUUCACUGUGAAGGGUCAUGAGAUGCUGGCCAAGGGUCUCUGGAACAACAUGUUUCAACCAGCUGAUCAGAAGCAGCUGAUUGAGACUUUUUCAGAUCCAGUACAACUAAUCUGUCCAUCACAGGAACAUCCUUAUAUAUACACCAGACCUAAAACUCUGUCAUCUGCAAGCUCUCUGCAGGUCAUCUACACUCUCCUGACCACCACGACUCUCUUUACCGUCUGGAACAACCUACAUUAGGCACCAUCACCAGGAAUCAGAACUGUGUGCUGACGAGGGUUGAGAAACAUGCUCAGGAGACUAAACAUUUAUCUUACAGGAACAUUAAUAAAUAAACCAGAAUCAGGACCCAGAAGUUCUGCUACAUACAACACAAAACUAAUCCCACAACACAAAAAACUAAUCCCACAACACCAAAUCACUAGCCCAUGACACAUAAACAAACCCCUCAACACAAAACUAAUCCCACAACACAAAUUCCAGCUCAAAACACUGGUCAACACAACAUAAACUAAUCCCACAACACAAAACCAAUCCUACUGCGCAUAAAACUAAUCCCACAGUGCAAAAACAUGCUCAGAACAGUGGCCAACACAACAUAAACAAAUCCUCCAACACAAAACAAAUCCCACAACACAAAAACAAAUCCCACAGCACAUUAAACUAAUCCCAGUACAAAAUAAAGCUUAAAACACUAGCCCACGUGACAUAAACAAAUUCCUCAACAUAAAAACUAAUCUCACAGUGCAAGAACAGAUUCCUCAACAUAAAAAACUGAUCCCACAGUGCAAAAACAAAUCCCACAACAUAAAACUAAUCCCACAAUGCAAAAACAAAUCCCGCAACAUAAAAACAAAUCCCACAGCACAAGAUCCAGCUCAAAACAUUGGCUCACACAACAUAAACAAAUCCCUCGACACAAAACUAAUCCCACAACACAAAAACAAAUCCUCCAACACAAAAUGAAUCCCACACGCAGACAAAAUUAAUGGUCAAAAAGUACAAUUUAUACCUCUACAUUUGUAACAGCGAUUCCUGUCAGGCAAAACAGCAAGUGUUGUUUAACAAUAGCAUGUCAUUUUGAAAUGUAAUUAUUUU